AGGAGAUGGAAAACCAGACUGCCGAGUCCCAAGUCUUGCCUGAGUUGGAACAAUUGUCUACUGUUGAGGUAAAGCCUUCCCACGACAUUAAACAAUGUUUAAGAAAGAUCGUCGAUGAAAAUAGAAUUGGUUAAUUAGGUUUCUACUUUCGAGAGGCUGGUAAACGGCAUCUCCGUUUGUUAGAUGGUGGUGAUGACUUUUUGACGUGUUUGUUACUUAACAUUAAAAACUAAAUGCGAGGGGUCGUUUUCUGAUUUGUGACAGGAGUUGCGAGGGAAAGCCUUCGUGGAAAAUUGUUGUAAAAGAUAGAUAAUUAGGCCUCAACCCUUGUCUUGAAAUUUAAUUUCGAAGUUUUGUGCCGUUGAAUGUUGUUUCAUGAUUUAUUUUGAGGCGGGACGAGAAAGGGAACCUCAAACUUGAAGAUGUAGGAUCGUCCGCUGGAUCCGACGACCCUCGAGAACAGGUGAGACAUCAUAUUUUGUAG